AUGGAGUCGCCGCCGGGAAUUGCGGCCCUGUUUGUCAUACGCUUUGACAUCAGGACCGGAGCUGUGAUAGUCGAGGUCGAAGGGGUGGUGGAAUACAAGUCGCUCCCUUCCGGACUACACAAUGUGAAUGAAGACCUGGUGUAUUUCGUCCAUGAGCAAUAUGCUGGUGUCAGUGCGUUUGUCAACCAGCCCGCUGCAGAGGCGGAGCGCAAUGCGAAGAUGUUCGCGGUUGGGGUUCUGGUCCCCUUGAGUACUGGAAGACUAGGGAAGAGCUGGAGACAUGCUCCGAGGCUACGUGAACUGACGCUGUUCGUGGUACCCGGCCUCUACUCGUCUCAUCUUGCGACUGACACUAAAGCUACGCGACAGGAAACAUGCCGCGGAUAUGCGUUGUCUGAAUACUGGAACACCUUCAAAACCGGAAGCCCCGCAGCUGCUGAUCCAGAAUCUCCCUUGGAAUCCCCCAUCAGCCUGCGAUUCCGACCCGGCGACAGACCAGACGGACACCGAAACCGCGCCUUUAGCGAUGCGAUAGUAUUGCAGACCCCCAGGCCGACCUUGACACCGUUCCACCCCGCCUCAUCCCUCCCAGACUUCCUCGAAUGCUUCGGUCCCUUGAUAUUCCCGUUGUACAGAGCAGCGUUGCUACGGAAGCGCAUCCUUUUCAUGGUUGAAGCACCGGCGCUUCCCGAAGACCACACCCCGCCAUUGCGACCGCGUCCUCUGUUCAAUGUCGGCAUUCACGAUAUCCCCGAUCUCGCCUCAUACGACUCGGACAGAUCAACACAAAACCUUGAAAAGGAUCCCAGCUGGAUCGCGUGCUCGACAGAUACCGUCUUGAGCAUGAAGCCCGAGCUCUAUGAUGCACUUGUUACCCUUCCCCCGCCAUACUCCCAGCAAGGCUCCGAGCGGGCUUUCCCAAAAAUUGCCUUGAUGGAUCACUCCAGUACAAAGCACAACGCAAACAAAACAGUCCAACUGAAAGCAACACAAAGAGAUGCCCGCCGAUAUGCCAUGUUGCGCAAAGGCCUUCGGCAGUUCUCCAGCGACGGAGCAGCGUCUCCAAACACGGAGGACUCCGACGCCGACUCAACCUACUCAUCCAGCUCAAUCGUCGAGCCUCUUUCAUGGACUCGACUAGCUUACACCUCUUUCAUGUGGUGGGCCUCCGCCGGCGAAAACCGCGACGGUCUAUCCAAAGAAGAGGAAGAACAUCAGAUUGAACAAGACGCCCGACUUCUGGCAAGCUUGGAAAGUCUUGCAUACCCCGCCUCGAACUCGAACGGGCGUCGAUCCCUCCAUCUCGAAGACCAGAGUCAAGAGCCCCCGGAAGUCGCGCUGGUAGCUUACUUCCGUCGUCUCACGACCCAGAUCUUCUAUACCCUAGCUGGCGCCGUUGCGCGACAUGACUCGGAUGGCCAUAGUGAUGUCUAUGAGCCUUAUUCAGAUGCCCCGGUCAAUGACGAGGGAGAUCUGUCGCUUUCCAUGUCUCGUUCUCUCCACGUCGAGGACGACGACAAUGCCCCCUGCUACGCCAGAGACAGCAGGGAAACCACUCUCGUCGAUUGUGAGGCAGAAGAACCGAUUACUAUCACCAUCGCUGAUAUGGCGGAGAUGGGCCUGGACGUGUGGAGCGCGACAGACCGCAUCUUCGUUGAAGAGCUAGUCUUACUUUGGUGGGGCCGUUCUGCACAUGUUGACAGCGCACGUAUUCGCUGUUGUGGUAUUUCCAUCCUGUAG